AUGCGCAGCGCGGGUGGGGCGCCGGAGGAGGCGGGAGGGCUUCUUCAGGAGCGCGGGGAGCGCAUCUUUCGCUGGGUGCCUCGGUGUGGAAGUGACCGCCGGCGUCAGGGUGGCUCCGUCGCUGGCCGAGGGGUCCGGGCAGCCAGCUGCUCCGGGCCGGGGUCCCGUGGCCGCGUUGGCGGGGAGCUAUGGAUCUCGCUGGAGGAGCACCAAGAUGCAUUAGAGCUUAUUAUGAGCAAAUACAGAAAGCAGAUGUUACAGCUUUUGCAAGGGAGAAAAGGUGAAGAUGCAGAACCGGCCUUGAAAGUUCAUCAGGCUAAUUCUUUGGAAAUUGAAAGUGAAAUAGACAGAAUAUGUGAGAUGGGAGAGGUGAUGAGAAAAGCUAUUCAAGUUGAUGAUGAUCAGUUCUUUAAAGUUCAGGAGAAACUAGCUCAGCUGGAGCUUGAAAACAAAGAGCUGCGUGAACUAUUGUCAAUCAGCAAAGAAUCUUUUGAGGUGGGGAGAGAAGAUCUGCCUGACUGUGAAGCUUAG